GAGAAGUCACAUCGAUUGGAAUAUCUCUGAAGUCGAUAUCGACAUGCAGCUGUUGUCUGAUUCACUUCCAUAAAUCCGUGCUGCAGCUGAACCGGAGCUCGUUUCCUCUUCACCAUGUCGCGUCAGAACAGGCUCCUUCGGGUAUCUAUCGAUGGUACAUCUUCAUCAGAAGUGGAACCAGGUCCAGCUACUCAGCGCAGUAUAACACCUUCCAUCUUGUCGGAAACUCCCUACCAGCGACCCAGCUCAUCAUCGUCGGAGGAGUCGUCAUCUUCUAUCUUCUACGAGGACGGAUCAAUACGUGUUGAACGAUUAUUAUACAAAUUCGCUCUAACGCUCGUCCCGAGCUUCCUACAGCGCUAUGCCGGAGCUCUCCCACAGGAACCUAAAAAGCUCCAUGCGAUUGCUGCUUUGGAUGGGCUGAGAGGUUGGGCGUGUCUGCUCGUCUUCAACUUCCAUUUUCUCUUCACUUAUACCUGGAAGGUAGCAGAAGGAUGGGGUUUCGCACAUGAUAAUUGGGGUAUCCAUCAAUUGCCCAUAAUCCACAUGUUGAUAUCGGGUCAUGUUAUGGUCGCCAUCUUUUUCGUCAUCUCCGGCUACGUGAUCACCCAAAAACCCUUACGAACAAUCCGCAGCAAAAGUUGGGAGCGCUCGUUAGUGGUGCUCUCUUCGUCGACCUUCCGUCGUGCGCUCCGUCUCUAUAUCCCCUCGCUCACUGGUAUAUUCCUCGUUUUUGUUGCCGUGCGUUUGGGAUGCUACAAUUAUUCGCACCAUGUCCUCAAGUCGGGUACGACCAUAUUGGGAACAAAUGAACAACACCCGCCCGUCAUGAGAACCUUCAGGGCGCAGUUUUGGGAUUGGUACUACACCGUGAUUCGUCUGAUGGAUCCUUUCAAUUGGGGUCUUUAUUAUAAUAAUUACAACCCGCAUCUCUGGACGAUUCCGGUCGAGUUCCGGAGCUCCUUGGUUCUCUUUACAACUAUGCUUGCUACCUCGCGAUUGAGGACGAGAGUGCGCAUUUUCUUGGUUGUCUUCCUCAUUUGGUUCUGCACGCGAGUGGAUCGCUGGGACGUAGUCCUCUUCCUGUGCGGUAUGCUCAUGUCCGAAAUUGAUAUCAUUACCGGCCUCUGGGACGGCCCAUCGCUCGAUGAAAAACCAAGGAGCCGGGGCGUACUGAGCGAUUUUAUGCGUCAGUAUGGACGCUCAUUCUGGAUUGCGAUGUUCGUUCUAGGUCUCUACAUCGGCUCUUCUCCCAAUCAGGGAGUCAAGUGGACGCCCGGAUAUGGGUGGUUGGCAAGGCUAACUCCACGAACAUACAACGAGCCCCAUCGGUUUCCGCAGACAAUCGGUGCUGUCAUUAUCGUCUGCAGCAUCAACCACUCUAAGGACGUCCAGAAAUUGUUCACAAAUUCGCUUUCGCAGUAUCUGGGCAAGAUCUCAUUUGCCUUCUACAUCGUCCACGGCCCAAUCCUACAUUCUCUAGGCUACUCAAUCAUGCCAAGCAUAUGGCGCUUCACGGGCAAAGAAACCAAUCUCCAAUACUGCACAGGAUUCCUCAUUGGCUGGUUGACCUGUUUUCCUAUUGCCUUGUGGGCAGGUGACCUCUUCUGGCGACUAGUCGAUAUUCCGAGUGUCAACUUCGCCCAUUGGAUCGAAAAGAGGCUAGUGGAUGAAUCAAGAGCUCAGAGUGUACGCUCAUGACAAAUUGGGCAUUUGCAUGCGUUACGUCUUCCCUUUGUUCUAGGUACAGAUUCCACGCGGUUUUGAGAACACAGUUUCUUUUUUUUUUUUUGGAAGAAAAUUGUCCAUCCAUU